CAUUUCUAUAGCGAGUGCUGAAAGAGAGUGGAUAAAUUGAGGCAGGUGAGAGUGGACACGAGACACUGAGAAGGAGCGCGGCAGGCACCGGCAGCCCACCUGCGUUCAGCUCCACUUUUAACAGACUCCUAAGAGGAGGACAUUACAUUAUCAAGAGGAUUGCUGACAGCUCCAGAGCUGAUAAUGCAUUUGUGUCCUUAGGGAGGCAAAGUGAUGAGAAGAUAAAAGAGGAAUCACUGGAACAGGGAUAACACUAGAGCUCAAGUUAUCAGAACAGUGAAUCCACACGAGGAAGAGAGAGGAAGACCAUAUUCCUUUGAGAUGGAGCCGAGCCCUGUGGUGUGGCACACACAGGUGGUCCCGCUAGAAAUAGACCUGGAGAGGGCUAACUCUCAACCUGAGUGCUCCAUCUGCUUCACCACCUACGACAACGUCUUCAAAACGCCGAAACAGUUGGACUGCACUCACACCUUCUGCCUCGAGUGCCUUUCCCGCAUUAUGGCCACCUCCAUGGACCCCCAAAACUCUAAAAUCUCCUGCCCCUUCUGUCGGCAUCCCACUACCGUUCCAAAAAAGGGGCCUCCAGCUUUGACCACCAGCCAGGAGGUGCUGUGCCGCUUGCCCGUCCACCAGCAGCAUGAGGAGCCCGUGUGGCUGGAUGGGGACAGGCUGUGCUACAAGCAGCCAAUAGACAUUCCAGGCGUGCCAGCGUUCUGCAUCUGUGUCGAUAUUGGGGCCAGUGGACGAAAUGCCGUAUCUGCUACCCAAACUCAACCACGACUUGGGCUUCUGGAUCGGCUGAUGGACUGUAAGCGUUUGCUGCUUUUUAUAUUCCUCUCGGUGCUCCUGAUGGGAAUCAUUAUGUGGCCCUUGCAGUGCAUUGUUACGACGGGCUCCAUGCGUUGUGCAUCCCAGAACUUGCAGAUGCCUACUACCACACCUUCUACUACCACAGUCAAUCUAUAAGUGAGAUAGACAUGUCUAGUUUACAUCCAUACCUCCUUGCUAAGCCUGCUGGGUGCUAAAGGAGUAAAUUCAAGCAGCAGGACUGUGGUAAAGACUGAAGAACUGUAUCAGUAUCAUCUCACCUUAUGUGAAAACUGAUCAAAACAACAUUUGUACAUAACAAAAGCAAAAGUGAUACAGUCACAUUAGUGCAAUUUUGGGGAUAUUUUGAAGGCCAAAAAGCUCUAUUGUCAAUAGUGAAUUUGCAUUACCAACAUGAAGUUUUUUGGAGAACUCCAGAUUGUGCAUAUUUAUAUUGAAAUGACUGCAACAUAAUCCAAAGAAAACAUGUGAAAAUGUUUUUUACUUGUACUUUUAUACAUGUUUUAUUUGAUUGUAUUCCAUUCCAUAAAAGUGUAUUUUGUUUACAAAAAUAAAAACCGUUGCUGUAAACCGCACAAGGAAGUUCAAGGAAUAUUG